CCACCACUCAACCACUCAGCGGAACUCCCGGCCCACUCACAAUCUCGACAUCCAGUCCUCCCUCCUCCUCGCGUCCUCCUCGCCUAUCCUCCUCGCUCCUCUUCUCCAUCUCCAUCUACAUCUCCCUCUCCCUCUCCCUCUCCCUCUCCACAACCAUGACCUCAACAGACCCCGAACAGCUCUGGGCACCCGCCAACCCAGAGUCAACCCAGUCCGCAAAGCUAGCAGCCCACGUCAGCCAAAAGUAUGGCGUCCAGCUCUCCACCUACGAGGACUUUUGGCGCUGGUCUUGCGCCAACCGCGGCGACUUCUGGAGCGAGGUCUGGGACUGGGAAGGCGUUAUCGGUGACAAGGGGCCUGCGCCGUACGUCGACGAGUCUGCUCGCCCCAAAGACAACCCCAAGUGGUUCCCCAAUGCCCGCCUCAACUGGGCCGAGAACCAGCUCCGCAAUGCCGCCGCACACCCCGCCGACGUCGCUAUCAUCGACACCUGCGAGCACACCUCAGACUUUAAGCCUGCUCCGCGCGAGGUCUCGCAGAAGGAGCUUGUCGGCCUCGUCGCCCAGGCCCAGGCUGGCAUGAAGGCCGCAGGCGUGCAGAAGGGUCACCGCGUAGCGUACUGGGGCGGCAACCGCCUCGAGGCCGCCGUCACCCUCCUCGCUACUACCUCCCUCGGUGCCAUCUUCUCGUCGGCCGCAGCUGAUUUUGGCGUCGACGGUGUGAUUGAGCGUCUUGAGCAGAUCAAGCCCCACCUCCUCGUCGUCUCAAACGGAUGCGUGUACAACCAGAAGCACCACCCGCUGUUACCACUGCUGCCGCGCCUCUUCACGUCGCUGUCGCACCCGCCCGCGAACACGGUCAUCAUCAACCACCUCCCAGACGAGCUCGACGACAAGGUCAGCGUCUCGCAGUUCCUCGAGGGAUGGCAUGACGGGCACACCAAGCUGCACCGGUGGGCCGACUUUGUCAACCACCCCGCCGGCGUGCCAACCUACGAGCGCAUCGGGUUCAACGACCCCAUCUGGAUCCUCUUCUCGAGCGGCACGACAGGCAAGCCCAAGGCGAUCGUCCACCGCUGCGGCGGCAUGCUGAUCGAUGCCCUGCGCGAGCACCACAUCCAGGGCGACAUCUCCCGCGGCGACGUCUUCUUCCAGUACACCACCACCGGCUGGAUGAUGUACCAGUACUUGAUCGCAGGGCUGGCGACGGGCGCCACGGUGCUGCUGUACGACGGCUCGCCGCUCAAGGACCCCGCGACGUGCUGGAACCUAAUCGAUGCGCACGGCGUCAGCAUCUUCGGCACCUCGGCAAAGUACAUUGAGAUGGUGAGCAAGGUGUACCCGGACGUGGGGAAGAAGCACGCGCUCGCGCGCCUGCGCCAGAUCCUGUCCACGGGCUCGCCCCUCGCCGCCGACCUCUUCGACUACGUCUACGCAAACAUCAAGCAAGACUUGCUUCUCGGCUCGGUGUCGGGCGGCACUGACAUCUGCUCCGUCUUCGCGGGCCGCUGCACCGCCCUGCCCGUGUACCGGGGCGAGAUCCAGUGCCGCCAGCUCGGCUUCUACCUCGACAGCACGUCGUCUGACGCGCACGAGAUCCCGGGCGAGCUGAUCGUGCGCGAAGCGUUCCCGAUCGAGCCCGUCGGCUUCUGGCCCCUGCCGCGCGAAUACCUCCCCGACGGGCAGAACAUUGCGCAGGCCGACAUUGACGCGGCGCAAGCCCGCUUCCUCGACUCGUACUUCAAAGACGACGCCGGCAACUGGUACCACGGCGACUUUGUCAAGAUCACGCGCUCGCGCGCCGGCAACUCUGGCGGGCUCGUGUUCCUCGGCCGCUCCGACGGCGUCCUCAACCCCCAGGGCAUCCGCUUCGGCCCCAUGGACAUUUACAGCGUGCUGGAGAACCCGGCGUUCGCCGCGCGCGGCAUCGAAGAGACGCUCGUCGUCGGCCUCCUCGUCGACGGCGGCAACGACGAAAAGGUCAUCCUCUUCGUCAAGAUGUACGACGGCAAGGCGCUCGACGACGAGUGCCUCAAGCUCAUCAAGACCUCGAUCCGCAGCGCGCGGAGCGCGCGCCACGUGCCCGCACGUAUCGUGCAGGUGUCGGACAUUCCCAUGACGCUUACAGGCAAGAAAAUCGAGGUGCCCAUCCGCAAGGUCAUCAACGGCGCGCCCGUCGCCGCCAUCAACCCCGCCACACUCCGCAACCCCGCCUGCCUCCAGGAGUAUGUCGGCCUCGGCGAGGCCAUGCGUGCAGAGGAGGGCGUGCUUGUGCCGCUGCUGCAGUAGUAUCAUGUUUCACUCUAGAUGUACAAGUAGACAAGGA